AUGGCAAACCAACGAUGGAGUGCAGAUAAAAAUAUACAAUUCAUUAAUGAAUAUCAGCGAAAAGAGUGUCUCUGGGACCCGAAUCACCCACAAUAUAAACUUAGGGAUGUCCGAGAUGCGGCUUACAAAUCAAUUAUGGAAACUAUGGACAUGCAAAAUGUCAAAGAAGUUGUUGGUAAAAUACGCUCCCUACGAAAUACUUACAACAAUGAAUUGUUAAAGGCAAAAAAAUCUCGUACCACGGGUAUGGGAACUAAUAAACUGUAUAUUACUAAAAUUCCUUGGCUGUCUCAUUUGGAUUUUUUGAAAAAUAUUGACAGCUAUAAAAUAAAAACAGAAAAUGUGGCACCAAAUACCCAGGCAACUUCUACAGAAUCCGAGAGCCAAUAUUUUACCGUACCAUCAAGAAAUAAAAGAAAAAUAAAAGGUCCCCUACCGAAGGCAGUAGAUGUAUUAGAAAAAGCAACGCAGCACUUUUCCAAUACUAAUGAUGAAUUUGAUCUUUUUGGACAAACUAUAGCUGAACAGUUACGCCAACUUCCUCUAGAAAUAGCUCUGGAAACGGAGGAAAUGUUAUUGUCAACAGUACGAAAGCAACGAAUCAAAUUAGCAAAGAAACAGACGUCAAGUUAA